AUGGCUAGACAGGACUCUGAGCUGAGAGGUGGUGAAGGCAAGAAUGGAGCUGAGGGUGGAACUGGAGCAUUUGAUGGCACAGAUACAAUGUCCAGUACCCUCCUUACCUUGUUCCUCUACCUCAUGACUCAUCAAGAUAAAUGUCAACAGGACAUUGAUGAGGUUCUAGUGGGAAAAACUCAUGUGACCUUUAAUGAUAGACACAAUAUGCCAUACACACAGGCUGUGAUUUACGAGUGUCAGUGCGUCGCCAACAUAUUCCCACUAGGUGUACAUCACUGUACUAUAAGAGAUACUGAACUGAUGGGCUACAGCAUUCCAAAGGGCACUCGCAUAAUCCCCCUCUCCUCAGUGCUGAUUAAAGGAGAGUGGAAAUUUCCUCAUGAAUUUAAGCCAUCGAAUUUCCUGGAUGAAAAGGGGCAGUCUGAGAAAAGUGAGGCUUUUAUACCUUUUUCUGCUGGUCCUCGUCCAUGUCUCAGUGAGGGUCUGGCUCACAUGGAGCUCUUUCUCAUCCUGGUCACCCUGCUGCGCCACUUCCAGUUCAAAUGGCCUGACAAUGCAGGAGAACCAGACUUCACUCAUAUAUUUGGAAUCACGCCCAAACCAUACAGGAUGGAAGUCAAACUCAGGUAG